GGCAGAAACAAGGCGGGGAGGAGGGAGUCAGAGAGGGACUGUGAAUCAGUACCAUGGCAGAUGAAGACUAUGACAUGGAUGGAGGGUACGAGGAUGAGCCACCAGAGCCCGAGCUUGAUGAAGGGGCAGAGGUUGAGGAAGAUAAUACCGCCGCCGAUGAUAUACCGGACGCAGAAGAAGGCGAUGGAGAUGAGAAGCAGGAGCAGGAGGCGGUGGAACGCCCUCGGAAAACGUCCAAAUAUAUGACUAAGUAUGAGCGAGCCAGGAUUUUGGGCACACGGGCGCUGCAGAUUAGUAUGAAUGCUCCGGUGAUGGUGGAGUUGGAGGGCGAAACUGAUCCUUUGGAGAUUGCAAUGAAAGAGCUGCGAGAGCGAAAAAUACCUUUUACAAUCCGUCGUUACCUCCCUGAUGGAAGCUACGAAGAUUGGGGUGUGGAUGAAUUGAUCGUCGAAGACUCCUGGAAAAGGCAAGUUGGAGGCGACUGAAACAACUAGUUCCUGUGCAAAAGAUGCAUGGGAUCUUUUUUAGAAUCGAAGCAUCUUUUCAUGUUCUGCUUGAUAGUGUAAUGAUUUAGGUUUGGCACUUACCACCCACCUUAAAUUGAAUUCAGAUUAGAGCUCUCGUUUGCCGUUCUAUCUAAAUGACAUUACAUCUUCGUAUUGUGGAAUAUUAAAAUUUUGUUAGGGUUCUAUAAAAAGAGGUGAUCUCUAUUAUAGGGUAA